CGGACGCUUCUUCAGGAACAACAAAGCGCCAACUCUUUCAACCACCUAGGUAGCUUGCUAGCCAACAUAAAACUGAAAUAUUGACGUUUUAGGCCAUGUUAAUGUGCAUUAGCUAAUCGCAGUGUUUAAAACACAUUUCAGUUGACGUUAACUUGAACCUAAUGUGCUUGUUCAAUUUGCUAAUUUGUUAAAGAUUGAUACUGAGCCUAGCACUAGGCUAUUCGCUAAUGCUAACUAGCUAGCUAACAUCCCUGACCAUGAGCUCAUUAAACUACUCAUCCCCUGCUAAAGAAGUGGAUGUCUGCUGUCCGGAGAAAGAAGCUCUGGCGCUGGACAUUGUCGUGAAAGAUGAAGAGGAGGAUAUUACAGUGAAAGGAGAGAAACAACCUUUCAGAAUGGAAGAGGAGGCUGUUAUUGGGAAAGAAGAGAAAGCAUCCUCUUCCUCUCUAAAAGGUUCUAUCUCAGUAAAGGUGAAGGAGGAAGACGUUUUGGGAGUGAAAGAGGAGGAGACAGAAUAUCAGAUUAACACCAGAGAGACACAUGACUAUUGUGGAUCCUCCGGGGAGCUUCAACAACAUCCUGAUGCUGACGAGACAGAGAAGAGUCUCUCCAGAUCAGAACACCAGAUGGACUGCAGGAAAACAACGGGGCUGAGUGGAACUGUGAGAGGAGGAGAAGAGAAGAAAGGAUCAGAUUUGACUCAUCAAAGAGAAAGACCAGACUCAGAGGAACCAGAGCCAGGAACGUCCAAACCAGCAAGACGACACCAGUGCUCCCACUGUGGAAAGAGUUGUAACCAGAAAGCACAACUGAAAGCUCAUGAGAGAAUACACACAGGAGAGAAGCCUUACCACUGCUCCCAAUGUGGAAAGUGUUUCGUCCGUUUGGGGGACCUGAAACAACAUGAGAGAAUACACACAGGAGAGAAGCCUUUUCACUGCUCCCAGUGUGGAAAGUGUUUCAACCAUUCAGGGAAGCUGAAACGGCAUGAGAGAAUACACACAGGAGAGAAGCCUUACCACUGCUCCCAAUGUGGAAAGUGUUUCGCCAGUUCGGGGGUGUUGAAACAACACGAGAGAAUACACACAGGAGAGAAGCCUUACCACUGCUCCCAAUGUGGAAAGUGUUACGCCCGGUCGGGGAUGCUGAAAGAACACGAGAGGAUACACACAGGAGAGAAGCCUUACCACUGCUCCCAAUGUGGAAAGUGUUUCGCCAGUUCGGGGGUGUUGAAACAACAUGAGAGAAUACACACAGGAGAGAAGCCGUACCACUGCUCCCAAUGUGGAAAGUUUUUCACCCUGGGGGGACAUCUGAAACAACACGAGAAAAUACACACAGGAGAGAAGCCUUACCACUGCUCCCAAUGUGGAAAGUGUUUUGUCAGUUCGGAGGUGCUGAAACGGCAUGAGAGAAUACACACAGGAGAGAAGCCUUACCACUGCUCCCAAUGUGGAAAGUGUUUCAACCAUUCGGGGAUGCUGAAAGAACAUGAGAGAAUACACACAGGAGAGAAGCCGUACCACUGCUCCCAAUGUGGAAAGUUUUUCGCCCUGAGAGGACACCUGAAACAACACGAGAAAAUACACAAAGGAGAGAAGCCUUACCACUGCUCCCAAUGUGGAAAGAGUUUUGUCCGUUUGGGGGACCUGAAACUACAUGAGAGAAUACACACAGGAGAGAAGCCUUACCACUGCUCCCAAUGUGGAAAGUGUUUCACCCGGUUGGGGAUGCUGAAACGACAUGAGAGAAUACACACAGGAGAGAAGCCUUACCACUGCUCCCAAUGUGGAAAGUGUUUCACCCGGUUGGGGAUGCUGAAACGACAUGAGAGAAUACACACAGGAGAGAAGCCUUACCACUCCUCCCAGGGUGCAAACCAUUUGCCCAUUUAGGAAGCCUGAAAGAACACAUUUAGACUGCACACAGAGGAGAAGGCUUAGAAAAGCUCAGACUGUGGGAAAACACAUUACUCAUAAGUCACUUAAACGUCAUUAGAGAAUCCAGAAUUACUUCUCUUAGCGUGUAUGUUGAUAUUUCAAAUCACAUUGACUUAAAAUUCAUCAGAGAACAUACACAGUGCUCCCGUUGUCUUAUAUUGUUGACUGACAAUGUGUUUACCUGUCUUUACCAGAUGAAAUUAAAUGGUACAGGGUAUACUCAAACAUAUUUGUUUGUUUUUAUUAGAAAACAUGAAUUGACUAUGGAGUCUGUCAGUUUGAAUAUAAAGAAGAUCAGGUUCCUUCUUUUAAACUGUCCUUUUUUAAACUCUGACUGUGUGUUUAUCUGAGUGUGUCAUUCCUCCAGCACUACAGAUAAUCAAGUGAUAUUUGGAUGUGAUGCAUUAGUUCCAUUGUUGACAUUUGCAUUGUUGGCCCACUGAUGAUUUAAUGAAAUGAAAAUGUUCAGACUCUGUAAUGGAAAAUGUUAAUUGUUUGUGUGUCCACAUAACUGAGUAUGUGACUAACCUUGUGAAACUGUCCUAUUAUAAGCUCUUGUUCUUGGGAGUAUCAUCCUGUGUUGCAAACCAAUUUACACCUGUGUCCUUGUAUGAAUAAAGUCCCUCCCAGGAACAGGAAACUAUAAAGAUAUGUGCUAGUCACUCAAUACUUCAGGAAAUCAGACUGUCUACACUGCGCUGUGUAACUCUGUUAUUCUCUCUGAGCUCAGAAAUAAAGAAUCUUGGUUUGA